AUGUAUCAACAAAUUGCAAUUAAACCUUCAAAUAAACUUCAUUUAUCUGCCCCACAGUCCUCUUUGGGCGAGUACACAGGCUUAGAUUUGGCAACUACGUCAAUUCCUUCUUCAUCGAUUAUCAAAACUUCAAAAAAUUGGGUUUUACCACCAAGACCAAAGCCAGGCAGAAAAACAAGCGUUGCUCAUACACGCAAAUCUGUAUGUGUAGCUAAUUCUGCAUCCGCAAAUACAAAUAAAGUUACAAAAAGAAAGGAUCUGUUACAUAAUAGACAAAAAUCGAACAGUAUUUGUUCCGGGGUUAUUGGUAAUGCUGAAAAAACCUUAACAAGAAACUUAGACGAUUGUACUUCAAUAUUUUUGAAGUUUGAAGACGAAGAGGCCAUUCCACAAACUUUGCAAACACCACAACAACCAAAUAAUAAAGUGACCAAGACAAGCGAAUACACCGAAGCAGAGUUAGCUAAUCUUAUAUCAACGUCUUUAUCACAAUCAUUGUUACAGACAGAAAAUGAAUUGGAUCAAGAAAACUCAUUACUACAAAAAGAUGAAACAAAGCUAACAAAUGAGGAAGUCUCUUCAUUGCUAUCUUCAUCAACUGGUUCUCCAAAUUCGAUUUUCUCAACUGAUCAUUAUAAUAUCUCGAACAGCACAAGUGAUUUAUUGACUUUGUCAAGAUUUGACACUGAAGUCGAUUUGGUGAUUGAUAACUCUAAUUUAAAUUUUAAAUUAUUGGAUCAGAAUGUGUCACCAACAUCAGAUUUCUUACCAAUCAAUUUCACCAGCACAUUCGAUUCGGAAUAUAUUCCUCCUACCUUGGAAGACAUAAUAAAUGAACAGGAAAAAAGUUAUGUUGAUGUAAUUGGGAAAAACAAAAAAAUAUAA